AUGUGGGGAUUAUUCAUCAUUUUCGUGCUAUCAACGCUCCAAGCCUCUGGUAAGACACUGCGUUAUCAGAUUUAUGAGGAACAAAAGGUUGGCACAGUUAUUGCUCGUUUAAAAGACGAUGUCGCGGAUGUUCUGGCUAAACUUCCAAGCUCUGUGUCGUUGCGCUUCCGAGCCAUGCAAAGGGGGAGUUCAUCCUACCUGACAGUGCGCGAACAAGACGGAGAAAUAAGCAUCAAGUCGAAAAUUGACAGAGAAAAACUUUGUGAAAAUAAUCUCAACUGCUCGAUUCAAUUCGACGUGCUUACUUUGCCUACGGAGCACCUGCAGCUUUUUCAUGUCGAAGUGGAAGUGCUGGACAUUAACGACAACGCGCCACAGUUCGCCCGUUCAGUAAUCCCGAUUGAAAUAUCCGAGAGUGCGUCUGUGGGCGCGCGCAUUCCCCUGGACAGUGCCACGGACGCAGACGUGGGCGAAAACUCCUUGUACAGCUAUGACUUAGAGCCCAACAAUUUCUUUAAAAUUGAAAUACAGUCCAGAACCGACGGGGCGAAAUAUUCUGAGCUUGUGGUACUCCGAGAGCUGGAUCGGGAGGUGCGCUCCAAUUAUGAACUAAAGUAUACAGCCUUUGAUAGGGGUGUUAUAUCCCGAACCGGAACCACUCUGCUUAAAAUCAACAUCGCAGACUCAAAUGACAACAGCCCAGUCUUUGACAAGUCAUCGUAUGUGAUAAACCUACCCGAAAAUGCACCUGUUGGAACACUGAUAAUUGACUUGAACGCCACUGACGCAGAUGAUGGGACGAACGCCAAAAUAGUAUAUUCAUUCAGCAGUCAUGUGUCCCCCAAAAUCAUGGAGACGUUCAAAAUUAACCCUGACAGUGGUCAUCUGACCCUCAUAUCUCGUGUAGACUACGAGACAGUUAACUCCUAUGACAUUGACGUGCAAGCACAGGAUAUGGGUCCAAACUCAAUGCCAGCUCACUGCAAGAUACUGGUCAAAGUGGUGGAUGUAAACGACAACAAACCAGACAUCAGCAUAAAUAUAAUGUCCUCACAGGGAAAUGGGGAUGCUGCAUAUGUGUCAGAGGCUGCACCGCUGGACACAUUUGUAGCUUUAGUGAGGGUGGAGGACUUAGACUCUGGUUUGAAUGGGGAGGUGGAGUGUAAACUUCACGGUCAAGGUUAUUUUAAACUACAGAAAACAUAUGAAAACAACUACAUGAUUCUGACUAAUGUGUCUCUGGACCGAGAAAAGAGGUCAGAGUUUAGUUUAACUGUGGUGGCUGAGGACAAAGGAAUUCCAAGUCUCUCCACAAUCAAGCACUUCACUGUCCAUGUAACGGAUGAAAAUGACAAUCCACCACAUUUUGAGAAAGGACAGUUUGAAAUCUUUAAAUCAGAGAACAAUGCCCCAGGGGCAUAUUUGACCUCCAUCAUAGCAACAGACCCAGAUCUGGAUGUCAAUGGACAGGUGAUCUACUCCAUUCUGGAGAGUUCAAUUCACGGGAGCUCCAUUUCCACUUAUGUCACCAUUGACCCAUCUAAUGGUGCAAUCUAUGCACUCCGCACAUUUGAUAGGGAGGAUGUGAGUCGCAUCACCUUUAAUGUGCAAGCCAAGGAUGCUGGAAAGCCCCCACUGUUCAGCAAUGCCACCAUUGUUCUAAACAUCCUGGAUGAGAAUGACAAUCCGCCCGUGAUUGUGGUCCCCCAGCUGUGGAAUUUAAGUGCUGAUGUACCAGUUUCAAAGUUCACUGAAGCCGGACAGCUUGUGACUCUGGUGAGGGCAACCGACCGUGAUACAGGAAUGAAUUCUGAACUCAUUUGCUCCAUCGUCAGCGGCAAUGAAGAAGGCUUCUUCAUUAUUGACCCAAGAACAUGUGAAAUUCACGCUAACGCCAGCUUAGAGAACUUCCCUUCUGAGCAUGCUGAGUUAACUGUUGUGGUGAGAGAUCAGGGAAGCGAGAGUCUCAGUGCCAAAGCAGUUCUUAGGAUCAACCUCUACGAGAAUAUGGAGAAUCAUGUCCAAGUGAUGGACCAAGGGGAGUCUCCACUUGAUGCAUCACUCAUAAUCAUCAUUUCCCUGGGGGCCAUAUGCGCUGUGCUGCUAGUAAUCAUGGUGGUGUUUGCCGCUCACUGCAACAGAGAGAAGAAGGAAACUAGGCAAUCUUACAACUGCCGUGUCGCGGAGUCUACCCACCAGCACCACCCCAGGAAGCCUUCACGGCAGAUCCACAAAGGAGACAUCACCCUAGUUCCCACUGUGAAUGGUACCUUACCAAUUAGAUCCCAUCACCGUUCUCCUUCGGCAACACCCCCAAUGGACCGAGCCCAGAUGGGGAGCAGGCAGAAUCACCAGAGUCGCCAAUCCCUUAACAGCCUGGUGACCAUCUCAUCCAAUCACAUUCCAGAGAGCUUCGCCCUGGAGCUGGCACAUACAACUCCACAGGUGGAGCAAGUCUCACAGCUUCUGUCCAUGCUCCAUCAGGGCCAGUACCAACCCAGACCCAGUUUCCGUGGCAACAAAUACUCUCGCAGCUACAGGUAUGCAUUACAAGACAUGGACAAGUUCAGCCUAAAGGACAGUGGACGUGGGGACAGCGAGGCGGGGGACAGUGAUUGUGAAAUGGGGAGAGAAUCCCCCGUGGACAGGUUGCUGCUGGGGGAAGGCUUUUCUGACCUUAUACAUCUUGAAAUGCACCCACGUCUCCAUCCAGCAAUGAGACUAUGCACAGAUGAAUGCCGGGUCCUGGGACAUUCUGACCAGUGCUGGAUGCCGCCCCUUUCCUCACCCACAUCCUCCUCAGACUACCGCAACAACAUGUAUAUCCCAGGGGAAGAGUCUUCCCAGCAACCACCGAUUGAUGAUGACCAGUCCUCAGAGGAGUCAGAACAGCUCAAGAGUUUCUCCACUUUUGGAAAGGAGCAUGGGAGUGAGGAGGCAGGGCUGGCAAGAGUUGCUGCUGCAGGGGGAAGUGACAUUUGCCCAUCUACAGGAGGGGCUGGCUCUCUUCUCACAGAGAUGAAUAGUGUGUUCCAGCGGCUCCUACCCGCUAAUAUGGACUCAUAUAUUGCUGAGAAAGGGGGUGGACGCGGUGGCAGCAUUUCUGGUAACCAUAGCAACAAUGCUGUUCCUCAGGAUAGUCGUAGAGGCCUGUUACCCGGUGGGAAGGGUCCCACUUACCCACCAGGCGUCGCCGCGUGGGCUGCCAAUACCCACUAUUUAAAUCCAGGAAGUGCAUCUGUAGGGAACAACCACAUUUCCCCAACUCUGCCCUCAUCAUCCAACUCCACCAAUGGACAGCCACCACAUCUCAAAUGGCUCCCUGCCAUGGAAGAAAUUCCAGAGAACUAUGAGGAAGAUGAAUUUGACGGUGCGUUCUAUCAGGGUCACCAGGGUGGCAAACGUGGCGAGAACCGCCAGGAGACCAGCAUGGAUGCUAGCGAGCUUGCCCAUGAGAUAAACAAACUACUGCAGGACGUCAGGCAGAACUAG